AUGGCGAUGAGCUGGUUCUAUUUGGGAUUUCUACUCAGUCUGGGAGUCAUCUCUCCUGAUGGUGCAGCCGAAGCUCCGAAAGCCGACGACCAAACCAGGACCUGCAGUCCUAAGCAGUUUGUGUGUAAGGACCAGAUGACCUGCAUUUCCAAAGGCUGGCGCUGUGACGGGGAGAAGGACUGUCCAGAUGGCUCCGAUGAGGCUCCAGACAUCUGCCUGCACAACAGGGUGAACAAGUGUCCCGUAAAUGAACAUGGCUGUUUGGACGUCGACGUUUGCCUCCACAUGAGCAAGUUGUGUGACGGAGUCCCGGACUGCUCCGACGGCUGGGACGAGGGCCCUCACUGUAGAGAGCACGCACCAGACUGUGCCUCACACGGUUGCCAAUUUCACUGCGCCGUGACUCACGAUGGUCCCAAGUGCUACUGUAGCAAUGGCUAUGAGGUGGCCGCGGAUGGAAAGACAUGUAAAGAUUUCAAUGAGUGCAGUGUGUAUGGAACAUGCAGUCAGACGUGCAAAAACACUGAAGGCUCCUACCUGUGCAGCUGUGUGGAAGGUUACCUGUUGCAGCCAGACAACCGCUCCUGCAAAGCCAAAAACGAGCCGGUAGAACGUCUUCCCAUGUUGUUGAUUGCAAACCUGCACGACAUCCGCUGCACAUCACUGAGCGGAUCCACGUCCCGGCUACCCUCCAUUGCCACCAAACAGACCAUGGCGAUGGACUUCAACUAUGCCGAGGAGACCGUUUGCUGGAUCGACGUGGGGGAAACACCUGCAACCACACAGCUGAAAUGCGCCAGCAUCGCUGACCUGAAAAGCUUCACUGACAUCCGCACCAUUAACAUUUCCAUCACCCUGCACCACGUGGAGCAGAUGGCUAUUGACUGGCUGACGGGAAACUUCUACUUUGUGGAUGAUGUGGACGACUGGGUGUUUGUUUGCAACAAAAAUGGCCAGACGUGUGUGACCUUACUGGACCAAGAACUUUACAAUCCGAAAGGAAUAGCCUUGGACCCGGCAAUGGGGAAAGUCUUCUUCACAGACUAUGGGUCCACGCCAAGGGUGGAGCGAUGCGACAUGGACGGUCAGAACCGAACAAAGUUGGUGGACAGUAAGAUAGUCUUUCCUCAUGGCAUCACUCUAGACUUGGUCAACCGACUUGUGUACUGGGCGGAUGCUUACCUGGACUACAUUGAAGUGGUGGAUUAUGAGGGCAAGAAUAGACACACCAUCAUUCAAGGCCUGCUGAUUGAGCACUUAUAUGGGCUGACUGUCUUUGAGAACUACCUGUACGCCACCAAUUCUGAUGAAGGCAAUCUGAACCCCAAGACCAGUGUGAUCAAAGUGAACCGCUUCAACAGUUCCGACUUCCAGGUGGUGACGCGGGUGGACCGCGGAGCUGCACUGCAUGUGUACCACCAGAGACGCCAACCCCGAGUACGCAGUCAUGCAUGUGCCUUGGAUCAAUUUGGAAAGGCUGGAGGUUGUUCUGAUAUCUGUCUACUGGGCAAUAGCCACAAGACACGCACCUGUCGUUGCCGAUUUGGCUUCAGCCUGGGCAAUGAUGGCAAGUCUUGCAAAAAACCAGACCAUGAGUUGUUCUUGGUGUACGGUAAGGGUCGCCCUGGAAUCAUCAGGGGCAUGGAUAUGAAUGCGAAAGUACCAGAUGAGUACAUGAUCCCCAUUGAGAACCUCAUGAACCCUCGAGCUUUGGAUUUUCACGCCGCCAGUGAAUUCAUCUACUUUGCUGAUGCUACCAGCUACAUUAUUGGUCGACAGAAAAUAGAUGGGACAGAGAGAGACACCAUACUGAAAGAUGGUAUCCACACAGUGGAGGGGUUAGCAGUCGACUGGAUGGGAGGUAAUCUCUACUGGACAGAUGAUGGGCCUAAAAAGACUAUCAGUGUUGCCAGACUGGAAAAAGCUUCUCAGACUCGGAAGACUCUAAUCGAGGGAAAGAUGAGCCACCCGCGUGCCAUUGUGGUGGACCCUCUGAACGGGUGGAUGUACUGGACAGAUUGGGAGGAGGAUCCCACUGAGAGUAACAGGGGAAAAAUCAAGAAAGCUUGGAUGGAUGGAUCCAAUCAUCAGAUGUUCCUGACAAGCAAGACAGUUCUGUGGCCCAAUGGCUUGAGUCUGGACAUUCCUCAGGGUAUACUCUACUGGGUUGAUGCCUACUACGACCGUAUUGAAAUGGUUUACCUCAACACGACAGAACGGAAGGUGGUGUAUGAGGGGCAAGAGUUGAACCAUGCCUUUGGUUUGUGUCACUAUAAACAAUUCCUCUUUUGGAAUGAGUACCGUGGCGGUAGCAUUUACAAACUGGACCAAGUCACGAAGACAGUCACGCUGCUCCGAAAUGAGAGGCCGCCUAUUUUUGAGAUUAGAGUGUAUGAUGCUCACCAGCAACAAGGCACCAAUGUAUGCAGGGUUAUGAAUGGGGGAUGUAGCAGUCUAUGCCUUGCCAUUCCCAAUGGCAGGUCCUGCGGAUGUGCUGAUGAUCAAAUCCUGGAUGUGGAUAAUGUCACCUGCAAAGCCAAUCCCUCCUACGUGCCCCCACCGCAGUGCCAGCCCGGGGAGUUUGCCUGCAAAAACAACCGCUGCAUUCAAGCGCGCUGGAAGUGUGACGCGGACAACGAUUGUCUGGACAACAGUGACGAGGCCCCUGAGCUUUGCCACCAGCACACCUGUCAGUCAGACCGAUUCAAAUGCCAGAACAACCGCUGCAUCCCCUAUCGUUGGCUGUGUGAUGGCGACAAUGACUGCGGCAAUGAUGAGGAUGAAUCAAACACCACAUGUUCUGCACGCACAUGCCCCCCAAAUCAAUAUCCGUGUGCCAGUGGUCGUUGCAUCCCUAUUUCCUGGACUUGUGACCUGGAUGAUGACUGCGGAGAUCGCUCAGACGAACCCGACUCAUGCGCCUAUCCCACGUGUUUCCCUCUUACCCAGUUCACUUGCGAUAAUGGGCGCUGCAUCAACAUCAACUGGCGCUGUGACAACGACAACGACUGUGGGGAUAACAGCGAUGAAGCCGGCUGCAGUCAUUCCUGCUCCAGUGUGCAGUUUAAAUGUAACAGCGGUCGCUGUAUCCCAGAAUACUGGACUUGUGACGGCGAUAAUGACUGCGGAGACUACAGUGAUGAGACGCAUGCCAACUGCACCAAUCAAGCUACUCGUCCCCCAGGUGGCUGCCACGUGGACGAGUUCCAGUGCCGCAUGGACGGUCUGUGCAUCCCCAUGCGGUGGCGUUGUGAUGGUGACACAGACUGCAUGGACCUAAGUGACGAGAGCAACUGCGAGGGUGUCACUCACAUGUGUGACCCAGCUGUUAAGUUCAGUUGUAGGGACUCAGCUCGCUGCAUCAGCAAAGCUUGGGUUUGUGACGGUGACAGUGACUGUGAGGACAACUCUGACGAGGUCAAUUGUGACGCGCUGGUGUGCAAGUUGUCUCACCAUGUGUGUGCCACCAACGACUCCAUCUGCCUUCCUGCUGAGAAACUGUGUGACGGCACUGACGACUGUCCAGAUGGCUCUGAUGAGAAGCUUUGCGACUUGUGCUCACUGGACAAUGGUGGUUGUAGUCACAACUGCAGCAUCAUUCCCGGUGAAGGCUUCAUGUGUUCAUGUCCCCUUGGCAUGGAGCUUGGAGCAGACAACAAAACCUGCCAGAUACAGAGUUUUUGUGCCAAACACCUCAAAUGUAGCCAAAAAUGCAAGCAGGAAAAAUCAAGCGUGAAAUGCUCUUGCUAUGAAGGCUGGGAGCUAGAGGCUGACAUGGAGAGCUGCAAAAGCACUGAUCCAUUCAAGCCAUUCAUCAUAUUUUCUAACCGCCAUGAGAUCAGAAGAAUUGAGCUUCACAAUGGGGAGUUCAGUGUCCUGGUUCCAGGCCUCAGGAACACCAUUGCAUUGGACUUCCAUCUUAACCAAAGCACACUGUACUGGACGGAUGUUGUAGAGGACAAAAUCUACCGAGGGAAACUGUCGGAAAACGGAGCUCUGACUAGUUUUGAAGUCGUAAUCCAGUAUGGGCUGGCUACUCCUGAGGGCCUGGCGGUGGACUGGAUAGCAGGAAAUAUCUACUGGGUGGAAAGCAAUUUGGACCAGAUUGAAGUGGCCAAACUGGACGGGACUAUGAGAACCACCCUGCUGGCUGGGGAAGUAGAACACCCUCGAGCCAUUGCCCUGGACCCACGUGAUGGUAUUCUAUUUUGGACGGACUGGGAUGCUAGUCUGCCCAGGAUUGAGGCAGCGUCCAUGAGUGGCGAGGGCAGACGCACCAUCCACAGGGAGACGGGCAGCGGUGGUUGGCCUAAUGGGCUCACUGUUGAUUACAUGGAGAGACGCAUUGUCUGGAUCGAUGCUAGAUCAGACGCUAUCUACUCUGCCAUGUAUGACGGCUCGGGGCUGAUUGAGGUGUUGCGAGGUCAUGAGUACUUGUCCCACCCAUUUGCUGUUACUAUGUAUGGAGGUGAAGUCUACUGGACGGACUGGAGGACCAACACUCUUGCUAAAGCCAACAAAUGGACAGGGCACAACGUCACUGUAGUCCAACGUACAAACACGCAGCCAUUUGACUUGCAGGUGUAUCACCCGUCAAGACAACCUCAAGCUCCAAACCCAUGUGCCACCGCUGACGGCAAAGGCCCUUGCUCCCACCUUUGUCUCAUCAACUUCAACCAAACCUUUUCCUGUGCUUGCCCUCACCUCAUGAAGUUGCAAGCUGACAAGCACACUUGCAAAGAGUCCCGCAAGUUCCUUCUUUAUGCCCGUCAGAUCGAGAUCCGGGGGGUGGACAUCGACAACCCCUACUACAACUACAUCAUCUCCUUCACCGUGCCUGAUAUAGACAAUGUGACCGCAGUGGACUACGAUGCAGUGGAGCAUCGAAUCUACUGGUCCGAUGUCCGUACACAAACCAUCAAAAGAGCAUUCAUAAAUGGCACUGGUGUAGAAACUGUUGUCUCUGCUGAUCUUCCUAAUGCUCAUGGGCUAGCAGUGGACUGGGUGUCAAGGAACCUUUUCUGGACUAGCUACGAUGCCAAUAAGAAGCAGAUCAAUGUGGCCAGACUGGAUGGUUCCUUCAAGAAUGCUGUCAUCCAGGGUUUAGACAAGCCCCAUUGUCUGGUGCUGCAUCCUCAACUAGGAAAAUUGUACUGGACUGACGGCGACAACAUAAGCAUGUCGAACAUGGAUGGCACCAACCGCACCACACUCUUUAUCAACCAGAAGGGGCCAGUUGGUCUCUCUAUUGACUAUGACAAAGAGCAGCUGUACUGGAUCAGCUCAGGAAAUGGUACCAUUAAUCGCUGUCAGCUGGACGGCUCCAAACUAGAGAUCGUGGAAGGUGUUAAAGGCAAACUAAACAAGGCGACAGCACUGGCUAUAAUGGGUGACAAACUCUGGUGGGCCGACCAAGCGACGGAUCAGAUUGGAACAUGCGACAAGAAGGAUGGCAGCAACUGGAAGGUUUUAAGGAAUAACACCUCUCCUAUGAUGCAUAUGGUUAUUUAUGAUGAGGAUGUUCAGAAAGCAAGUGUCAAUCUGUGUAGUAACAACAAUGGAGAUUGUUCCCAGUUGUGUCUGCCAACCUCACCAACCAGCAGGGCCUGCAUGUGCACUGCCGGUUACAGUCUUAAAACAGGACAGCAGUCAUGUGAAGGAAUGGGCUCUUUCCUGCUUUAUUCGGUCCACGAGGGAAUCAGAGGAAUUCCACUCGACCCAUCUGACAAAUCUGACGCUUUGGUGCCAGUGUCUGGCACCUCUCUGGCCGUGGGCAUCGACUUCCACGCUGAGAACGACACCAUCUACUGGGUAGACAUGGGCCUGAGCACAAUUAGCAGGGCCAAAAGAGAUCAAACAUGGAGAGAAGAUGUGGUCACCAAUGGCAUCGGAAGAGUGGAGGGCAUUACUGUCGACUGGAUUGCAGGAAACAUUUACUGGACCGACCAGGGCUUUGACGUGAUUGAGGUGGCGAGGCUGAACGGCUCCUUCCGCUAUGUGGUCAUUUCCCAAGGCCUGGAUAAGCCCAGAGCCAUUACUGUCCACCCAGUGAAAGGGUAUCUGUUCUGGACAGAAUGGGGUCAGUACCCUCGUAUCGAGCGCUCUCGACUGGAUGGCUCUGAGAGAUUGGUCCUGGUCAAUGUGAGCAUCAGUUGGCCCAAUGGAAUCUCUAUUGACUACACGGAGGGGCUUUUGUAUUGGUGCGAUGCCAGGACAGACAAAAUUGAACGCAUCAACCUGGAGACGGGAGAGAAUAGAGAAUUAGUGCUGGCUAACAACAACAUGGAUAUGUUUGCAGUAUCUGUUUUUGAGGAAUACAUAUAUUGGAGUGACAGGACUCACGCAAAUGGCUCAAUUAAGAGAGGCAGUAAAGACAAUGCUACCGAUGCUGUCCAACUCAGGACUGGAAUUGGUGUGCAACUCAAAGAUAUUAAAGUGUUUAACAGGGCCAGGCAGCAAGGCAACAACAUCUGCAAACAUAACAAUGGUGACUGUGAACAGCUAUGUCUUUACCGUGGCAACGGGCAGCACACAUGUGCCUGCGCUCACGGCAUGCUCGCCGAGGACAACCGCAGUUGCCGCGAUUACGACGGGUACCUCCUCUAUUCGGAGCGCACCAUUCUGAAGAGCAUUCACCUGUCAGACGAGACAAAUUUGAAUGCACCAAUAAAGCCGUUUGAAGAUCCGGACCACAUGAGGAAUGUCAUCGCCCUGAGCUUUGAUUACCACGGAGGAGGUGGGAAGGGAGCCAACCGCAUCUUCUUCAGCGACAUCCACUUUGGGAACAUCCAGCAGAUCAACGACGAUGGCACAGACCGCAAGAUUGUUGUGAAUAAUGUCGGUUCAGUCGAGGGCCUGGCGUACCACCGUGGUUGGGAUACGCUCUAUUGGACCAGUUACACAACCUCCACCAUUACUCGGCACACUGUGGACCAGAGCCGCUCAGUGGCCUACAACCGCAACACUGUGGUCACCAUGUCUGGAGAAGACCACCCCAGAGCCUUUGUGCUGGAUGAGUGUCAAGACCUCAUGUUCUGGACAAACUGGAACGAGCAGACUCCCAGUAUCAUGAGGGCCUCCCUGAAUGGGGCUAACGUGCUGGCGAUCAUCGGCAGUGAUAUCAAAACUCCCAAUGGCCUCGCAAUCGACCAUAAAGCAGAGAAGCUCUACUUCUCGGACGCCACGCUGGAUAAGAUAGAACGCUGUGAAUACGACGGGAGCAGCCGAUAUGUUUUGCUGAAAAACGAGCCCGUCCAUCCGUUUGGCUUGGCCGUGUACGGCGACUACAUCUUUUGGACAGACUGGGUGAGGAGGGCGGUCCUUCGAGCUGACAAAUACACAGGAGGAGACAUGAAAGUGCUACGAGCUGACAUCCCUCAGCAGCCAAUGGGAAUCGUCGCAGUGGCCAAUGACACCAACAGCUGUGAGUUUUCUCCUUGCCGCACAAAUAACGGAGGCUGCCAAGAUCUGUGUCUGCCCACUUCUGACGGGAGGGUCAACUGCAGUUGCCGUGGAGACAGACAACUUCUGGAAGACAACACCUGCUCUUCACUGAACACUUCAUGCAGGAGUGUGGAUGACUUUGAAUGUGGAAACGGAGAUUGCAUCAGCUACAGCCUGACCUGUGACGGCAUGGCCCACUGCAAGGACAAGUCUGAUGAAAAGCAGUCCUACUGUGCCAAUCGAAUUUGCAAGAAAGGCUACAGACGUUGCAUGAAUGGUUGCUGCAUCGGUCACCAGUUCUGGUGUGACGGCAAAGACGAUUGCGGCGACAACUCGGACGAAAUGCCCUGCAACAUGACCCUGUGCAAAGUAGGGGAGUUCCAGUGCAAAGAUGGCAGCUGUAUCUCCAACUUUAGCCGCUGCGACCAGGUGGUCAACUGCGAGGAUGCUGGCGAUGAAAUGAACUGCCAACCCACCGACUGCUCCCGUUUCUUCCGCUUGGGGGUGAAAGGAGCCUCCUUCCAGAGCUGCGAGAAAACCACUCUUUGUUAUCUUUCAUCGUGGGUGUGUGACGGCAAUAACGACUGUGGGGACUUCUCUGACGAGAGGAACUGCCCGGAUAAACGCAAGCUUAAAUGUCCAGGCAACUUCUUUGCUUGCCCCAGUGGGCGCUGCAUCCCGAUGAGCUGGACUUGUGAUAAGGAAAAUGACUGCGAGAAUGGAGCCGAUGAGACGCACUGUGACAAAUUUUGUACAUCGACACAGUUUGAAUGUGGAAACCACCGCUGCAUUUCCAGCAAUUGGGUUUGCGACGGAUCUGAUGACUGUGGUGAUGGAACGGACGAGGAUGAGAAGUGCAAAUCCAAAACCUGCAGUCCCGAGGCCUUCCAGUGUCCCGGCUCUCAUAUGUGUGUGCCCCAGCUUUGGAAGUGUGACGGAGACAAGGAUUGUCCAGAUGGAGCUGACGAGAGCGUCAAGGCCGGAUGCUUGUAUACCAACAACACGUGUGACGAAAAUGAGUUCAUGUGCCAGAGCCGACAGUGUAUUCCCAAGCACUUUGUGUGCGAUCAUGACAUUGACUGUGCUGACGGUUCAGACGAGUCUCCUGAGUGUGAAUACCCAACAUGCGGUCCUGAUGAGUUCCGCUGCGCCAAUGGCCGCUGCCUUAAUCAGAAGAAAUGGGAGUGUGAUGGAGAAUUUGACUGUCAAGAUCAUUCGGAUGAAGCUCCCAAGAACCCGCGGUGCACUGAUUCAGAGAGGAUAUGCAACGAAUCGGCGUUCACGUGCCGCAACGGAAAAUGUUUGAACGAGACUCUGUUGUGCGACCGGAACGAUGACUGCGGCGACGGUUCAGAUGAACUCAACUGUUUCAUUAACGAGUGUCUCCACAGUAAACUGAGUGGAUGCUCUCAACUCUGUGAUGACUUGAAGAUUGGCUACAAGUGCAGAUGCCACCCUGGUUUCCAGCUAAAGCGCGACGGGAAGACGUGUGUGGAUGUGGACGAGUGCACCACCACCUACCCUUGUACUCAGCGCUGUAUCAACACACACGGCAGCUUCCAUUGCCUCUGCGUGGACGGCUUUGAACUCAGCCCCAAUGAUCCCACCAUUUGUAAAUCCACAUCAGAGGAGGAGGCCUACUUGAUCUUUGCGAACCGAUACUACCUGAGAAAACUCAACCUGGACGGUUCCAACUACACUCUUAUUAAACAGGGUCUGAAUAAUGCCGUUGCACUGGACUUCCACUAUGCAGAACAGAUGAUCUAUUGGACUGAUGUCACCACUCAGGGCAGCAUGAUCCGACGUAUGCAUAUGAAUGGCAGCAACAUGGAGGUAUUGCACCGGACCUCUCUGAGCAACCCUGAUGGUGUGGCAGUGGAUUGGGUAGGUGGAAACUUGUACUGGUGUGACAAAGGCAGGGACACCAUUGAGGUGUCCAAACUUAAUGGAGCUUACCGGACGGUGCUGGUCAACAGUGGGUUGAGGGAACCUCGAGCUGUAGCUGUGGAUGUGCGCUAUGGGUACCUAUACUGGUCUGACUGGGGUGACAACCCUCACAUUGGAAGAAUUGGCAUGGAUGGCACAAAUAGAAGCGUUCUCAUACAGGAUAAGAUCACAUGGCCUAAUGGACUGACACUGGACUUUAUCAAUGACCGCAUAUACUGGGCAGAUGCCCGGGAGGAUUACAUCGAGUUUGCCAGUCUGGAUGGCACCAGCAGACAUACAGUUCUUAGUCAAGACAUCCCACACAUCUUUGCCAUGACACUGUUUGAGGAGUACAUCUACUGGACUGACUGGGAGACCAAGUCCAUUAACAGAGCUCACAAGACUCUGGGGACCAACAAGACAACCUUGAUCAGCACCUUGCAUCGGCCCAUGGAUGUACACAUUUACCACCCUUAUCGUCAGCCAGAGGUGAGCAACCACCCGUGCCAGACGGACAAUGGUGGCUGCAGUAAUCUGUGCCUCCUCUCUCCGGGAGGAGGCUAUAAAUGCGCAUGUCCAACCAACUUCUACCUGGCCAAUGACCACCGCACAUGCAUGUCCAACUGCACAGCCAGCCAGUUUGUCUGCAAGAACGAUAAAUGUAUUCCUUUCUGGUGGAAAUGCGAUACGGAGGAUGAUUGCGGCGACCGCUCGGACGAGCCUGCCGACUGUUCUGAGUUCAAGUGCAGGCCGGGCCAGUUCCAGUGUGGCACAGGCAUCUGCACCAACCCAGCUUACAUAUGCGAUGGAGACAAUGACUGUCAGGACAAUUCAGAUGAAGCUAACUGCGAUAUUCAUGUUUGCCUGCCCAGCCAGUUCAAAUGCUCCCACCCAAGUCGCUGCAUCCCAGGAAUCUUCCGUUGUAACGGCCAAGACAACUGUGGUGAGGGAGAGGACGAGAAGGACUGCCCUGAGGUCACAUGUGCACCCACCCAGUUCCAGUGUGCCAUCACCAAACGCUGCAUUCCUCGCGUCUGGGUGUGUGACCGUGAUAACGACUGUGUGGACGGAUCUGACGAACCUGCCAACUGCACUCAGAUGACGUGCGGUGUGGACGAAUUCCGUUGUAAAGACUCUGGACGGUGCAUCCCGGCUCGCUGGAAGUGCGACGGUGAAGACGACUGCGGCGAUGCUUCCGAUGAACCCAAGGAGGAGUGUGCUGAAAGGACAUGUGAGCCGUACCAGUUCCGAUGCAAAAACAACCGCUGCGUGCCAGGCCGCUGGCAGUGUGACUACGACAACGACUGUGGCGACAACUCUGAUGAAGACAAGUGUGUGCCUCGACAAUGCUCCGAAAGCGAAUUUGCAUGCACGAAUGGCCGCUGCAUCGCGGGACGGUGGAAGUGUGACGGAGACCACGACUGUGCUGAUGGAUCUGAUGAGGAUGGCUGUGAUAUCAAGUGUGAUAAUGACCAGUUCCAGUGUAUGAAUGGACACUGUAUUCCUAUUCGCUGGAGAUGUGACGCAGACCCAGACUGCAUGGAUGGCAGUGAUGAGGAGAACUGUCAAAAUGCUACUGGCCGCCACUGUCCCUUGGAUGAAUUCCAGUGUAACAACACUCUAUGCAAACCUCUCGCCUGGAAGUGUGAUGGAGAAGAUGACUGUGGGGAUAACUCUGAUGAGAAUCCGGGAGAUUGCAGGAAGUUCCAGUGUCCUCCUACUAGAGCAUUCCGUUGCCAAAAUGACCGCGUAUGUCUUCAGAUGUCAAAGAGAUGUGACGGCAUCAAUCACUGCGGCGACAAAUCAGAUGAACUAAACUGCGAGGUUCAUCCAACUGUACCUGCGUGUGAAAAAGACGAGUUCUUGUGUACCAAUGGGAAAUGCAUCAGUUCCACUUUGAGAUGCAACGUCUUUAAUGACUGCGAGGACUAUGGCUCAGAUGAAAUCAACUGCAAAACAGAAACUAAGCUAAACGACUGCAGGAGUAACCGGACCCAGUGUGGUGACGGGGACGAGGCCCAUUGUGUCACCAAUGGCACGGACGCCUUCUGCUCCUGUAAACCAGGCUUCCACAAAAUAGGAUAUCGAACAUGUGGAGACCGCAACGAGUGUCUUCAGUUUGGGGUGUGUUCCCACAUCUGUAACAACACCAAGGGCUCCUACAAAUGCAGCUGCUACAAGUACUUCACGAAGAUCAAUGACACCUGCAAAGCUGAUAACAUGAACAGCAGUCAACAGGUUCUUUUUAUAGCCGAUGACAACGAAAUCCGUAGUCUAGAUCCCGGCAUGCCCAACUGGCGCUAUGAACAAACAUUCCAAGGGGAUGCCAGCGUUCGGAUCGACGCCAUGGACCUGCACGUGAAGACCAACCGCAUCUUCUGGACCAACUGGCACACAGGCCGCAUUUCCUCCUAUGAACUCCCCGGACAGUCCACUUUGUCAUUGAACUCCCACCGCAACAGACGGCAAAGUGCGGGUAGGGUCACAAACCUGCAGAUCAAAGAGCUGAAAAUGCCUCGAGGUUUAGCUGUGGACUGGGUGGCCGGUAACCUGUACUGGACAGACUCUGGUCGAGAUGUCAUUGAGGUGGCUCAGAUGUCAGGCCAGCAUUGCAAGACCCUCAUCUCUGGCAUGAUAGACGAACCUUAUGCCAUUGUAGUGGAUCCACAGAGAGGCACCAUGUACUGGGCAGACUGGGGUAACCAUCCAAAAAUUGAGACUGCUGCCAUGGAUGGAACCCUAAGACAGACUCUUGUCCAUGACAACAUCCAGUGGCCAACAGGUUUGGCAGUAGACUACUUCAACGAACGUCUUUACUGGGCGGACGCAAAGCUGUCGGUGAUUGGAAGUGUUCGCCUGGAUGGCUCAGAUCCAGUCAUUGCUGUCUCUGGCAUCAAAAACAACCUGUCCCAUCCGUUUAGCAUUGAUAUCUUUGAGGACUACAUAUAUGGAGUGACGUUAGUCAAUAAUUUUGUUUUCCGGGUCAACAAGUUUGGAAAAGGCACCAUGGAGACGCUUACUACAGGCAUCAACCAUGCUACUGACAUCGUCUUGUACCACCGGUACAAGCAGCCAGAAGUGACGAACCCAUGUGACAGGAAGAAGUGUGAAUGGCUGUGUCUGCUCAGCCCCAGCGGACCAGUGUGCACCUGCCCCAACAACUACAUUGCUGACAAUGGCACGUGUGUGGAGAGGUCAGGCCCUACCCAGUCGCCGUUCUCACCACCGUCAGGUCCCUGUGAGAUCCAGUGUUUGAACGGAGGAAGCUGCUUCCUCAACGCUCGACAGGUAGCCAAGUGUCGCUGUCAGCCCAGCUACACCGGAGAGAGAUGCGAGAUCAACCAGUGCAGGGAUUACUGCAAGAACGGUGGCACCUGCACCGCAUCUCACACAGGUGCUCCGACAUGCAGAUGCCCGAAAGGUUUCACGGGCCCCAAUUGCAACCUUCAUACUUGUCAGAACUAUUGCCAGAACGGAGGCAACUGCUCGGUCAACUUGGGUAAUCAGCCUACCUGUAGCUGUCCGACAGAGUAUCACGGAGAUCAAUGCCAGUACAUUAAAUGUGAAGGCUUCUGUGAGAAUGGAGGAACGUGCUUGCAAACCUCAAACGGCACCAAAGUGUGCCAAUGCUCCAUUCAUUACGUCGGACACCAGUGCGAAGUGGAUAAAUGUGUCUUCUGUGGCACGGGCCGCUGCUUGACGUCUUCCUCGGGAGAGGUCUCCUGCAGCUGUCCCAAUGGUCAGACCCAACCCAGCUGCUAUACCUGCUUAGACUAUUGUGCCAAUGGACAAUGUACAGUUGACACUCGAACACUACUGCCCCAGUGCAAGUGUCCUGCAGCAUGGAGAGGUUACAGGUGUGAAAUAGCUUCAUCAAUGGAUUCCUCCACGUCCACUGGAAGCACCGCUUCUGUCGUUGUCCCUGUGCUACUACUGCUCAUACUAGCAUUGCUGAUAGUCGGCGCCAUCAUGUGGUACAGGCGGAGAAUGCGAGGGUCUCAAUGGCCAGGAAAAUCUCGAUCUCAGUGUUCGCGCGCCAAAGGCUUCCAGCACCACAGAAUGACCAACGGCGCCAUGAAUGUGGAGAUUGGUAACCCCGCCUACAAAAUCUACGAGGGAGACCCUGACGAUGACGCCGGGGAGCUCCUGGAUUCAGACUUUGCUUUGGACCCAGAAAAACCCACAAACUUCACCAACCCUGUGUAUGCCAGCCUCUACAUGGGCGCCCACAACAGCAACAACUCGCUGGCCAGCACGGACGAAAAGAAGGAGCUCCUCUCCCAGGGCGACGAGAGCAUGAGCGACCCCCUGGCGUAG